AUGUCCCCUUCCAUGUCUACACAGGAGCAGCAGCUCUGCCAGUUCUUGGCGGAGCUGCCCGCACGCUUCAACUACCGCUUCACCGAAGAAGCUUCGCGCGAACUACUUACCAGCCUCUUCUGGUCUCUUGCUGGCGGCAACAAUGAAUACAUGCGAUUACUGUUCCCCGAUGGUAAACCCGGAGAAAGCCUCAAGUUAAGCGACUCACAAGGUGCAGUCGAAGGGGCCGAGUACACCGAGGCAGCGCGGGGGAAGCGAUGUGGGCAUAUCUUCAAACCUGGUGAAGCAUCAUAUAUGUGUCGUACCUGCGGCACCGACGAAACUUGUUGCCUAUGUGCCCGGUGUUUCGACUCAACCGACCAUACGGGACACAUGGUUCGAAUCCACAUAUCUGUAGGAAAUAGCGGUUGCUGCGACUGUGGAGACGACGAAGCAUGGCGAACACCUCUGUUCUGUACAAUCCAUUCCAACGUGCAGGGAGGUGCCGAUAAGGGCAAAGGAAAGGAGGCAGCCGGUCUGCCUGAGGAUCUUGUGACGAACCUACAGAUGACUAUUGGCCGUGUUUUCGACUAUAUCUGCGACGUGAUCUCAUGCUCCCCAGAGCAGCUUCGACAAACCAAGACGGAAGAUUCGAUUCUCGAAGAUGAAAAGUCUUCACGCCUAUCCUCGAAAUAUUACGGCCCUGAAGCUGAACAAUGCAACGAAUUCGCUCUUAUCCUGUGGAAUGACGAGAAGCAUACCGUUCAGGAGGUACAAGACCAGGUCGCUCGUGCUUGUAGGAAGAGCCGGAAGCUAGCAGUCGAGAAUGCCUGGGAGACGGAUGCUAUUGGACGUAGUAUUCUUACAUAUCUGCCCGAUGUUCCUCGACUCUUGGAAAUGGCUGGUGUGAUGGAAGCCAUCAGAGUUACGGUCACCAUCCGGUCUGCAAGAGAUACAUUCCGCGAGCAAAUGUGCGGUGCCCUUGUGGAGUGGUUGAGUGAUAUUUCCGGUUGUUCCGUUGGCCAUGACAACAAUAUUCUUCGGCGUAUCGUUUGCGAGGAGGUCAUGAACCCUUGGCGGCAGGGUAGCCAGGCAACUCAUACACUAGGCUUGAUCGACGACGAGGAGGAGGACGACCAGAUCGUCGACAGCAGACGUCGCUUCGACGGCAUGAAUGCCAGGUUCAUCCUAGCUUUGCAAGCUGCUGCAGGAGCCGGCGCUGGUGUUCAGAUAGAAAUUGACGACGACGAUGACGACGAUGACGAUGAAGAUGAUGUCGAUGCCGACAUGGACGACCAAGGCCAACACUCUCCUUCUAGCUCGGUGGCAGGAGGAGACGAAGGCGAGGACGACGAUGUGAUGAUGGUAGAUGCCCGCGGAGACGUUGGGGAUGUUGGAGAUGUUGGUGACCUUGGGAUGAACUGGAGAGACAACGAUCAAGCUUUGGAAGAAGACGAGGCAACAAUGGCCGGGUAUCCACCUCCACCACCGCCCCCUCCUGCUCAAGCUCAAUCUCAAGGUCAAGCCCAACCUGAAGCCCCAGCUAGAGCCAGGGACAGAGAAGCAACACCUUCAGACUCGGACACGGCAGAACCCCUGAUCGCGCCAUCGAUCUAUGCCAAGGCAAAUGCAGAUAUCCCCAAAACCCCCGGCAAGACUGAGAAACUGGUUCCUAGACCUGGGCGUUAUUGGAUCGAGACGCCUGCUGUCUACACACAACGGGAGAAUGUACCACCGGCCGAGGAUGUCUUCCGCCGUGUCCGCCUGGACUGGCUUUUGCUAUUCGAUCUCCGUAUGUGGAAGAAGGUCAGAAAUGACCUUCGUGCACUGUAUAUUUCCACAGUCGUGACGAUUCCAGAGUUCAAGCGUGUACUUGCUCUUCGGUUUGCUAGUCUCUACACCAUUCUAGCCCAGCUCUACUUGGUAGGAGACCGAGAGCCAGAUCACUCCAUCAUCAACCUUUCCCUCCAGAUGCUCACCACUCCGUCAAUUACUGCAGAAGUUGUCGAACGUGGCAAUUUUAUGACCAGCUUAUUGGCUAUUCUUUACACCUUCUUGACAACCCGCCAGGUUGGUCACCCUUGGGACGUUUCCCCCGAUGCAGUUCUCGGCUUUGAGAGCGGAUCAGUCACCAACAGGCGCAUGUACCACUUCUACCAAGACCUCAAGUAUCUAUUUGGUGCUCCCCAUGUUCAGGAGCGUGUUAGAUGUGAACCUCGCUACCUCAUGCAGUUCCUCGACCUUGUCAAGCUUCAUCAAUGUAUAGGACCCAACGUGAGAGCCGUGGUCGAGCACGUGGAAUACGAAGCCGAUUCCUGGAUUACUGCAUCUCUGGUAACCAGGCAGAUCAACCUUCAAGCCCGAAACCUUGCCGAGGCGUUCCGCAACUGCCCGCCCGAUGAGUUCCAUUACCUUCAAAAUGCGAUUCGCUUCACGGCUAAAACGGUCAUCUUGAACUCAAUCGGUGCCGAACGCCAUCGAUUUAAGCAAAGUGAAAUCAAAGACGAGGUUCAGUUCAAGACUUUGACCGACUUUGAAUUCGAUGGUGAAUCCUCGUCUUAUGAUGUGGUCAAGUUCGUUGUUGAGAAAGACGCUAUCAGCUUCCACCAUGCGUUACACUAUACCUUGUCAUGGCUCAUCGAAUGUGGACGGUCGCUCCCUGUGUCCACCAUGCGAAACUUGCUUAGCUUUACUCAGCAAGAGCUCAAGUCGAAGCCGAGACUAAUGGGUAGGCCUCAAGUGCCACGUAAAAACUAUACCGCAGAGGACUACCUCAUUGCGUCACUUGACUUCCCUCUCCGUGUUUGCGCCUGGCUUGCCCAGAUCAAAGCCAACAUGUGGGUUCGCAACGGAAUUAGCCUGCGACAUCAAGCCAGUACCUACCGGGGUGUUGGGCAGCGGGAUGUGUCUCAUCACCGUGAUAUCUUUCUUCUCCAAACCGCUUUGGUGGUCUGCAACCCUAGCCGAGUGUUGGCUUCGAUCGUUGACCGCUUCGGAAUGGAGAGCUGGGUCAAAGGCUUGUUUGAACUCAAGUCAGAAGCCCAAGAUGAUGCUCAACACCUUGAUGUUGUUGAAGACAUGAUUCAUCUCCUCAUCGUUCUACUCAGCGAUCGUACCUCGUUGAUCUCCUCGGAAGAUGAGGCAAUGUCCAGGCUGUUGGCCAUGCGUCGUGAUAUCACCCACGUGCUGUGUUUCAAGCCCCUAUCUUUCAACGAGAUCUGCAACAAAUUACCUGAGAAAUACCAAGAGCAAGAAGACUUCCACCGGGUGUUGGAUGACAUGGCGACUUUCAAACCACCUGAGGGUGUUUCUGACGUUGGUACUUUUGAACUUCGACCAGAGUUCAUUGAGGAUAUUGACCCUUACAUUGCACACUAUAACAAAAACCAACGUGAGGAAUCCGAGCUGGCAUACAGGAAGAAGAUGGCGAAGCGAACAGGAAAGACCGUGGAGGAAAUUGUGUACGAGCCCAAGGCUCGACAAGUUCCCUCGGGCAUGUUCGAAGAACUAGGUGCUUUCACUAGUACCGGCAUGUUUUCUCAGGUUAUCUACUACUCACUCCUUUAUCCUUUAGUGGCGGGCAAGUUUACUCCCUCGGUUCCAUUCACACGACUGGAGACAUUCCUUCAAGUUGUGCUCCAUCUCAUGCUCAUCGCUAUCCUCGAGGAUAAAUCGAGUGACGACGAUAUGAGCGAAGAGUCCACAAAGUCGUUUGUGUACAUUGCACUUACAAAAUUCGGCCGCAGUAACUUCAUGCCCGAAGCUCACAGUUCAAGGACAAUUGUGUCCUUGUUGAACAUGAUGUCGACUAAGGACGAGUUCAAGGCAGUUCAUCCUAAGAUUGCGCUUGUUCUCAAGCGUUUGCGCCAGAAACGCCCGCGUACCUUUGAGACCGCGUACGUGAACUUGGGAGCUUCUGUAGACCGCAUCAACACCGCUUCACCGGCGAAUACAUCAGUCGAGGAAGAACGCGAGAGAAGAAAGAAGGCGGCUCUGAGCCGUCAAGCCAGGGUUAUGGCACAAUUCCAGCAACAGCAAAAGAGCUUCAUGGAAAACCAGGCUUCUUUCGACUGGGGUAGUGAUGUCGAUGAAGAUGUCGACGAGGAAGGCGACGAAGAGCAAACGGAGGAUAAGAAACACAACUGGAAGUAUCCUGUGGGAACAUGUAUCCUUUGCCAGGAAGAGCCGGAUGAUCGACACCUCUACGGGACGUUCGCCCAUUUUAACGAAAGCCGGAUCCUCCGACAGACGGAUUUCCAAGAUCCCGACUUCGUUCGCGAAGCAUCGCAAACCCCUUGCAGUCUUGAUCGAUCGGCUGAGGAUGUUCGACCCUUCGGUAUUGCUCAUGAAAACCGUAAGAUGGUGGAGAAGAUCAACGCUCAGGGCGAGACCUUCCUCGCGGAGAGACAGACCAUAGGAAAAGGAUUCCCUUCCAAUGUAUGUCGGUCGGGUCCUGUAGCAAGCGGUUGCGGGCACAUGAUGCAUUACCGCUGCUUCGAGGUUUAUUACGACGCGACUGUACGCCGCCAUACACACCAGAUUGCCAGGCACCAUCCUGAGGAUACUCGACGCAACGAGUUCGUCUGUCCUCUGUGCAAGGCUCUAGGUAACGCAUUUGUUCCUAUCGUCUGGAAGGGGAUAGAUGAGUCAUAUCCAGGCUACCUGCAGUCUCAGGGUACCUUUGAUGAUUUUGUCGAGAAACAGAUGGGCUCUGCUUACUGGAUAGGUGGAAGUAAGGCACGCGAGGAUGAACCUGCUGUGCCUGACAUGUUCACCCCAAGCCUCCCAGGAAGUCUCGUUGAGUCUCUUCUUCCAGCGCAAACUUCCAGCGACAGUACGUGGGGAAGAGAAGACGCCGAGUCGCACUCGUCAGCCGUUGGUACACCCGUGAGUUACGCAUUCUCUGACUCGGUUACCCCUGAGCCGGUUCAGCCACCACCAGCCACCACAAACACAGACAGUAGCCAGUUGAUGAAAGAGCUAUUAGCAGCCUACCGCCGAUUGCGCAACACACUUCGGGUUAAUGGCCUACGUACCAGUCACCUCAUUGACGCUAAGGGUGACAACGUUGGUGAUCUAUGCGCCAGUGACACGCUGGUCAAGUCGGUGGGCUUUACUAUCUCUUCCGUAGAAGUCCAGCAGAGAGGUAUUGAAGCUCAGCCAGGCAUGACGCUUCUGGAGAAGAUUCCCGAGCAUAUCCUGACGCAUCUCCGAGUCUUGUCGGAAACUGUUUCGUCGUAUAUUACUGUUGGGGCGCAAUCCGGUGGUGCCGAGAACAAGAUCGAAGCCGAGUUCAAGAAGGAUAGCGAGAGGCAACACUGUCAGCUAUUUAUGUCUCGAUACUUUGGCACUGGAACCCCUUAUGCUCGCCGGCCGUUGGACGUCUACCCUCCACUGCUGAGCAUGGACUCGUUCCUGUUCCUGGUAGAAUGCUCAUACGGGUUGGUUCCACUUCAGAAAGCCGAGAUUUCUCACGUGCUCCGAUUGUGUUACCUGGCAGAGCUUGUCAAGCUGGUGUAUCACAUGGGUCGCAAUAUUCCUGUUGCUAGUUGGGUCGGCAAUCUUACCAACCGACAAACGCAAGAUCCAGCCAUCAACAACUUUGCGGACUUUGCUCUCGGCGUUACCAAGACAGGUCUCGAGUACCAUGCUGCCCAAUUUCCUGAGGGUGUUGAGUUUGGCGAGAACUGUGGCUUUCAGCAGCCUGGGGUGGACACUCUGGAGAGCUGGUACACGUUCUCCAAGAAAUACGCUCUCACUUUCCUACGGAAAUGUGUUAUCUUUCUUUAUGUCAAGUACGGGGUAGACUUCAACAGUCAUGUUUCGCCAACGCCAGAUGCUGAUGAGCUGGAGCGUCUUACCGAAGCACUGCGGCUACCAACGUUUGAUGAAAUGUGUGCUGCCAUUACUGAUAAUGCGUCUGCAUGUGGCUGGCCUCAGACGACUGCCUCACUGGUCUCCGGCUGGGUCAAGCAUCAGGUGAUGUGGCCGGGCGAUUACAGCGAUAUCCCUCUCUCGGCCAUGAUGAGCCACCCAGGAAUCUUUGAGCUGAUAGGGCUACCCAAGAACUACGAUGCCCUCAUAGAGGAAGCCACCAGGCGGAAAUGUCCGACCACUGGCAAAGAGCUUACAGAUCCUGUCAUUUGCCUCUUCUGCGGAGAGCUGUCAUGCAGCCAGGGUACAUGCUGCCAGAAGACAGACAACUCUUCGGAUCGUACAGAGUACACCAAGAUAGGUGGUGCACAGCAACACAUGCGCAAGUGCCAACGUAAUAUUGGAGUUUUCCUCAACGUGCGCAAGUGUUCAGUCGUGUACCUCUUCCGACUUUCAGGAUCUUUCACACCUGCACCAUACAUCGAUAAAUACGGCGAGACUGAUCCUCAGCUGCGUCACGGGCGACAGCUCUUCCUGAACCAGAAACGAUAUGAUUCUAUGAUACGAAGCACAGUGCUCAACCACGGGGUUCCAAGCUUGAUUAGCCGCAAGCUGGAGGCGGAGAUUAACAAUGGUGGGUGGGAUACUUUGUAG